CCCGCUCGGUGCUUACAGACACUCAUCGAUCAGAAGUGCAUCGGUUGAUUUUGUCGGUUCGCUGUCAGUUUGCGGCAGCAAAAAGAUUGUUGGAGAUUUCGACAAUUAGUAUUGACAGUUUAUUUAAAUUGGCACGGCAACAGUCGGCGCAUUGACACUUUUGAUUGACAUCUAUCGGGUAUUCAUAAAAAAUUCAAAAUGUCUCUUUAUCCUACACUGGAAGAUAUGAAAGUAGAUCAUAUGAUAAAGGCUCAAGUACAAGCCGAAUCACAAUAUGUCGCUCCAAUACCGAUUGAAUCCACGACUCCCUCGGCUCCGACUUAUGUUCCUUCCGCACCCAGAAUGCUGUAUCCAUCUUUAGGGGAUUACAUGGGUCUCGAACUGAACGAAGAGACUAUUGCGCAAAAUAUGCCUGAAUAUGCGCUCGCCACACGUCAAAAUGCGAAUAAUGUAGCUCUUACUUCAACAGACGUAACAUGCAGUCCGUUAGCAGGGAUGAUCGCACCUUUGUCUGGACAAUCUAUGGCUUUGCAGAAAGCUUAUGUAACAAAUGGUAUCAGAGAGUUGAUACUUUGUAAGGAUGGUGAUGGAAAAGUUGGCGUUCGCGUACACGCAAUAAACAAUGGUGUCUUUGUGUGCUUCGUGAGUCAAAAUUCUCCAGCAGCAAUGGUUGGAUUACGUUUCGGUGAUCAAAUUUUAAGUAUCAAUGACAUAUGCGUUGCUGGAUAUUCAAUGGAUCAAGUGCAUAAACUUUUCCGUAAUGCGGAUGUCAAUGGGAUCAAAGUUGUUGUGCGUGAUAGACCGUUCGAGCGUACUGUAACAAUGCACAAAGACAGUACGGGUUACAUCGGGUUUCAAUUUAAGAACGGAAAGAUAAUUGCUUUAGUAAAAGAUUCGUCGGCUGCACGAAAUGGACUUUUAACAGAUCAUCAAAUACUCGAGAUUAACGGAAAGAACGUAGUUGGGAUGAAGGACAAAGAUGUUACGGUAGAGAUUGAUAAAGGUGGAGACAUCAUCACCGUAACAGUAAUUCCAGCGUACAUUUACGAUCAUAUGGUAAAAAAGAUGUCCAGCAGUCUGUUGAAAAGUUUUAUGGAUCACUCUGCGCUAGAUCUUUAAAUGAAAAUAAAGUACCAAUUUCUUAUAUGCCAUGUAGCCAACUGCCAAAGGGCACGUGCAUUAUUCUCCGUAGCUUCAUUACGAAAAAAGUAACGAAUAUGUUACAUAUCCUACGCUGUAAGCACAUUUACAAGAUGCCAAUCAUAUUCCCAUAGCAAGCGUAUAUGUGAUACCCGUUUAGAAAUAGCCUAUAUUACGUGUCAGAAUGUAUGUUUUGACACUAAUUGGCUAAAAAUUACAAAGAUAUUUAUCAGAGAUUAUUUUUUUAUACAGAAGCACAUCUAAACUUGCAAAAGAAAAAUAUACAUAUUUAAAUAUUCAGCUUUAGACGAAGAGAAAGUUUCUAGUUGCAUUAUUAGCAUAAACAAUUACAUUUGCAAUACAAAUAUAUUAUAUUCUUUACUGCACGAAUUUUAUA